GCGGCCGGGCAGGCAGGCACCGCCGAGGACAGGCCGAGCGCAGGCGGCAGGGCCCCGCGGGGCGGCGGCGUCAAUGGAGCUGGUGGCCGGCUGCUACGAGCAGGUUCUCUUCGGCUUCGCCUCGCGGCACGGAGAGCCCUGGACGAUUGCCCCAGACUUUACCCACCAUGCCCACACCGCUUCCCUGUCCGCGGUAGCAGUGAACAGCAAAUAUGUGGUCACUGGGAGCAGAGAUGAGACGAUCCAGAUCUAUGACAUGAGGAAGAAGGUGGAGCACGGGGCGUUGCUGCAGCACAAUGGCACAAUAACUUGUCUGGAGUUCUAUGGUACUGCACAUCUACUGAGUGGGGCUGAAGAUGGACUGAUUUGUAUCUGGAACACAAAGAGAUGGGAAUGCCUGAAAUCCAUUAAGGCGCAUAAAGGGCAUGUGACAUCUCUUUCUAUUCAUCCAUCUGGGAAAUUAGCUUUGUCAGUAGGAACAGAUAAAACCUUAAGAACUUGGAAUCUUGUAGAAGGACGAUCAGCCUUUAUCAAAAACCUGAAGCAAAAUGCCCACAUAAUUAAAUGGUCUCCUGACGGAGAGAGGUAUGUGACUGUGAUAACGAAUAAAGUGGAUAUCUACAAGCUCGAUACAGCUUCAAUCACUGGCACUAUCACAAUAGAGAAGAGAAUUUCUUCCCUUAGAUUUAUUACAGAUUCUAUACUUGCCAUAGCUGGAGAUGAUGAAAUUAUAAGGUUCUACAGCUGUGAAUCUCAAAAAUGUCUGUGUGAAUUUAAAGCUCAUGAAAACAGAAUAAAAGAUAUCUAUAGUUUUGAAAGGGAAGGACAACAUGUUAUUGUUACCGCAUCCAGUGAUGGUUACAUUAAAGUGUGGAAUCUGGAUCUUAAUAAGAUUAAAAAUGUGCCAUCCUUAUUAUGUGAAGUCAAUACCAAAGCUAGGCUGACAUGUCUUGCAGUGUGGCUUGACCAAGCUUCAGAAAUGAAAGAAAACUGUGAAAAAGCUGCGACAUCGGCUCAAGCAAACGAAGAUGAGAAACCAUCGGUAGUCAGGAAGAAGAAAGUUUGUUGGACGAAUAAAAGUGGUAAAUUGACAAGACGACAUAGCAAAAUUGUUCCAGCUAAGCGAAAAUUGGAAGCUCCACUGCAAAAGAAGAAAAAGAAGCAGAACAGCUCAGAAUGAAGGCAAAUACUUUUUCUCCUGAAUAAGAAAUGAAUUGACUGAUCAUUCUGAGAAGUAAUAAAAGAGAUGGCAACUUUACCUGAGAGAAUGAGGCUAAAACAAAUUCACAGUAUGUAACACUUACAUUUUUAUAUUUACAACAGCAUACACUUUUAAUUUAACAGAUUCUGAAAUAGCCAGCUAAAAUGAUAAAAAUAGAUACAUCUGUGUCAGUUAAAUUUGUGUCUCAGUUAACUACAUAUUAAAAUUAUAUACAAUUUUUCAUUUUUAUGUCAGAGAUUUUCUGUUCAGUCCAUUGAAAAUAUGAUCUGCCUUUGUCACUCAUGAUUUCUACUGUAAGAAGAAACAUAUUCAAAUUACUUAAAAUAUUAUCACUUUCCAUUCAUACAUUCACAAAAAACUGCUUUUUAGUUCUUAAGCCAGACUUAUGUUAUGCAUAGAUUUUAUAAGCAGAAUAUUUGUUUUUUUACUGUGUACUCAAUGCAUUUAAUUUUUUGUUUAAGUCCUUGCACUCCUAUGUAAAGUCAAGGUCCCCCUUUUUUCCAGGAGUUGCCUGACUCAAAUAAACACUUUAAGAGUGUUUAUUAAAAGUUUACACCAUAUGCUUUCAAGAACUUCCACAAUACCAAUGUACUAUGGAUAGAUGAGCUUUAGGGGUUCACAUGAUUGAAAUCUUUUGUUCAGAAUACAAUAUAUUAUGUUUAGAUGGAAGAGUUAAUAGGGUUUUACUUUCUCUUCUCCAUACCCAUAUUUUUUCAUGUCCUUGAUCUGAGCCAUGUUGUAAAUAUUAAAAAAGAAAAAUUAACAUUUGAAA